AUGCCCGAGAACACGAAGUUGACAUACCAGACCGCCCAAAGGGAGUAUGCUCGCGUGAAGGAGCAGGAGACGAUGGCGCAGAAGGAAGCCAGUCCGAAGCUUCAACUCGACCGUGAACAGAGACGGAAGUUACGGCAACUGAACAAGCUUCUGAAAGACCAGAAAAGUCCAAAAGCCCGAAUCCCCGUCCAUUCUGACGUCGAAGGCUAUGAAAAAAGAGGAGAGAAGGGAAAGGAGGAGGAGAAGAAGUUGGGUUCGAAAAAAAGGGGAAACGCCGGCGCUAUGUGGUGCGACGCGGAGCCGGCAGACGAGGUUCCACAUGAGUCCAAACCGGUCGGGAAGGAAGACGUUCCGCCAGACACCAAAACUCCUACAUCGUCAGAGAGUCAACCGCCCCACGUCCAUGGUACGGUGUGCAAACUCCUCUCCUGGGUAGGUCUGGGAGAUUAUACUGCGGAGGACAAAGCUCCACAGUCAGGGGACCCCGAGAAAGCAGGCGAGGCCGAGCCGAAAACGCUGCCAUCUGGUCAAGGGACAUCCAGCGGAGAGGUUACUCAGGCAACAGAGUCCGCAAUGAUAGAAGAUCUCCAAAAAAGGAUCAAAUCACUUCUGGCGAAGAAGCAUGAUAAGGCUUUAGAGAGAAGUCUGGAGGAUCUAGACGACAUUCCUCCCCGGAAACGACUAGAAUUUCUGCAGAAAGCUCUGAAUAGACUGGAGCCUCCCGAAAGCGGUGAAGAUUAUUCUUCCUCUGAAGACGGCGAGGAGAGGCGGUGUAUUUCCAAAGGGCUUCUCGACAAGGCAAGGAAAAACGGCAGCAACAUAUGUGACCACCCUUCAGGUGAAAAUUCACUGGAGUCUGAUAUAGAAAGCAUCUUCGAACGGGAGGAGGAUGAGGCAUCGACAAGCCCAGACAAGUUCCUCCGGAGCAGAUCCGAAACCUCGAGCUCCUCUGACAGCGAAACGGCCGAUCCCAGAAAACGAGUGCCGACCACGCAUCCGUGUACGCCGCCACAUAAGACCGCACUCAGGAGAAGGCGACAACUCUCCAGCGAUAAAAACGAUCACCGAAAUUCCGCUCAAGUAGAUGUGUGCGCUUGCGGUGACUGCCCCUGUGGAGGUUGCUCAACGUGCUCUGGAAAUGACGGGUCACGCUCGCGUGAAUGCUCCAAUCACAGCUGUGUGAGAGGGCGCCGAGAUGGGAUCAGGUCUAACACGUCAAGCCCAUCCUCACCAUCGAGGUCAACAUGGUGCAAGAACAUGCAGUCGGAUUUGAAUUAUGAGCUAAAAAACAUUUUUUGCAGAGGAUGCAACAAAGAGAAGGAGGACAAGGCGAGUGCAAAAGUUCGUCCCCAAAAAAACCUGACUUGGCGGGAAAAGUCGUGCCCAGACCUGUCGUAUGAGCACACGUGUGGAGCGAAGGGGGAUUUGGAGGCGGCAAAGCUGGACCGCAAUGGCAAGUUAAUUAUGGGCUGUCCGAGACUCCAAGAGGAUCGGCGUGUACUUCUGGUGUCCCCCUGGGCACUCGAUGUGGUUCUGCCGAGCACAGACAAGUCCCAGAGGUGCCGAUGCCCUGAACGUUGCUAUCACGUCUGCAAUUGUCACACGAAGUACGCCGGCACGCAACAUUCAAGCCAUGACAGAUCUCAUGAAAGACAUGUCAGAAGGACGCACAGCCGGGAGCACGGGCCGCAUCAUGAAGGGCAGAAGGAAGGCGACGGCAGAACAACUAAAACCUGCAGGCAUGAGGCCUCGAAGCAUCCAAAGAGCAAAAAGAAGGCCCGGACAACAGGUCUCGAUGAGACAGCACUAAAGAGACUGAGAGACCUCCUUCACGAAUAUACAUACCGUGACAAGAAUGUUGGAGCCUCCAGUUCCGCUGGAGAUGACAGCGACAGUGAGGAAGAGAGGAGAAAAAAGACGGUAGAGGAGAACUCACAUGGCACGGACGCUCCGGCCUUCAGUAGUUCAGCAGUAGACAAGCGGCUGUCCGCCAUUCAGAACCUCUACCAGGAAAAGACACCCUUGGCAUUCGACGAGACCUACAUGCAGGUGGAGCACACGCAUGAGAGCUCCGAUGAAGACGCGAAAAAGGAGCGCAGAAAGAAACGCCAUACUGAGGAUGAGGCAGUCCAAUGUUCGGCACGCUCCUCGAGACGCAACUCCAGCAGCUUGGAUGAGGAAACUCUGAAGAAGAUGAGGGACAUUUUGAGGGAGACCAGUCAGUUUAGCAGUCAGAGCAGCAGCAGCUGCAGUAGCCGCUGUAGUAGCAUUGGCAGUAGCUGCAGUCGUUGUUGUCGGCACAGUUGCAGCGGAGAGC